AUGGAUGAUGAUAAUGAUCAUGAUUAUGAUGACGAUGGUGAUUAUGAUGAUUCGGAUGAUGAUGAUGAUGACGGUGAUUAUGAUCAAGAUGAUGAUGUUUCCGAUGAUGAUGAUGAUUACUCGAAUGAUGGUAAUGAAGAUUCAUAUGAUGAUGAUGAUGAUGAUCAUGAUCAUAAUGAUGAUGAUGAUGAUGAUGAUGAUGUUGAUGGUGAUGAUAGUGAAGAUGAUCAUGAUGAUGCUGAUGAUGAUGACGAUGUCGAAGAUGAUUAUGAUGAUUCGAAUGAUUCGGAUGAAGAUGAUGAUGAUGCUGAUGAUGAUGAUCACGAUGAUGAUGAUGAUGAUGAUGAUGAUGACGAUGAUAUUGAUAAUGAUGAUGAUGAUGAUAAUUCCGAUGACGAAAUCGAUGAUGAUGAUUAUGAUGAUGAAGAUUCGGAUGAUGAUGAUGAUGAUGAUGAUGAUAAUACGGAUGAUGUCGAUGAUGAUUUUCACUCGAAUGAUUAUGAUGAUCCGCAUGAUGAUGAUGAUGAUGAUUCGGAUGAUGAUGACGAUGAUUCGAAAAAUCAUGAUGAUGAUUCGGAUGAUGAUGAUGAUUCGGACGAUGAUGAUGAUGACGAUGAUGAUGAUGAUGAUGAUUCGGAUAUCGAUGAUUAUGACUCAGAUGAACUUGAUGAUGAUAAUGUUGAUGAUGCUGAUUGCGAUGAUGAUGAUGAUGAUGAUAAUGAUGAUCAUGAUGAUGGUGUUGAUGAUGAUUAUGAUGAUGAUUCGGAUGAUUCGCAAGAUGAUGACGAUGAUGCUUCGGAUGAUGAUGAUUCGGAUGAUGAUGAUGCUGAUUCGGAUGAUGAUGAUGAUGAUGUUUCGGACGAUGAUGAUGAUGAUGAUGAUAGUGUUGAUGAUCAGGAUUCGGUUGAUGAUGAUGAUGAGGAUAUUGAUGAUGAUGAUACGUAUGAUGAUGAUGGUGAUGUUGAUGACGAUGAUGAUGAUGAUGAUAAUGAUGAUGAAGAUGAUGAUGAUGAUGAUGAUGAUGAUGAUGAU